UCUCCACCCGCUUCUCCCUCUCACCUCCCCUUCAUCUCCAGUCCCGUCCCUCCCACUGCCGGCUCCACCCCGCGGGGGCCGCCGCCUUCCCUCCGCUCCACGCCCGCAGCCGGAGCCGCCGGAGUCCGCCCUGUUGUACGAUUUCUUGUGCUGGUGAAUUCCGGGUCCCUUGCUGCGCCAAGGAGAAGAUUCCCCGCGCCGUGUCCAGGACUUAAAGGCACCACAUCCGAGGGGGCAUUCGCUUCUUCACGCCCGCAGAUUCCUGAUCGCAAUUGCCUGCAGUGCCUUGGAUCCACGCUGCAUUCAGUCAGGCAUUACUGAGAAAAUAACUGCUGGGAUCACAGGGAACCCUAAUCCUAAAGGCAGUGGUGAUAAAUGCAAUGGAACGCAUCCAGCAAGGCUUCCAGAAACGCACAGUGGCCAAGUCACGGAGUCGGAGGGUUACCUGUGAAGAUGUGAAGAGAUUUGGCAAGAACAACUUGUUUGUGCUGUUCACUGUGGCAGCGGUGGUGGUUGGGGUUGUACUGGGCUUCUGUCUCAGGAAAUACCACAUGAACUAUCGCCAGGUGAAGUACUUCUCAUUCCCGGGAGAACUGCUGAUGCGCAUGUUACAGAUGAUGGUGAUGCCACUCAUCGUCUCCAGCUUGGUGACAGGAAUGGCUGCUCUGGACAGCAAGGCGUCUGGGAAGAUGGGACUGCGGGCAGUGGUGUACUACACUACCACCACGGUGCUGGCCGUCAUCACCGGCAUCAUCAUGGUGCUAAUCAUCCACCCCGGGGCAGGGGGCAAGGACAAGAUGCACCGCGAGGGCAAGUUCGAAAAAGUCCACUCCACUGAUGCCUUCAUGGACCUGAUCAGGAACAUGUUUCCCCCGAAUUUGGUCGAAGCUUGCUUUAAACAGUUCAAAACAGGAUACGACAGAAGGAAAGUGAGCCGAGCGGCACUGGGGAAUGUGAGCCAUAGCCCAGCCCUGUUCAUCACCAAUGUCACACAGGCCAUGAAGCUGCUGCUGGAGGCCAGAGACGAGCUGGUCCCUGUCCCUGGCACCGUCAAUUCUGUCAAUGCCCUGGGCCUUGUGGUGUUCUCCGUGGGCUUCGGCCUGGUCAUCGGAGCCAUGAAGGAGGAGGGGAGAGCUGUCGCAGAAUUCUUCAACUGUCUCAACGAAGCCAUUAUGCGCCUGGUGUCCGUGAUCACAUGGUACGCUCCGGUGGGCAUCCUGUUCCUGAUUGCGGGUAAGAUUGUGGAGAUGGAGGACAUGAGUGUGGUGGGUGGGCAGCUGGGCAUGUACACCAUCACAGUGAUUGUGGGGCUGAUGAUCCACGCGCUCAUCGUGCUGCCCACCCUCUACUUUAUCAUCACUCGCAAGAACCCAUUCGUUUUCAUCGGCGGCAUGGUGCAAGCCCUGGUCACGGCUCUUGGCACCUCGUCCAGUUCGGCCACACUGCCUAUCACGUUUCGGUGCCUGGAGGACAAGAUAGGCCUGGAUAAACGAGUUACCAGGUUUGUGCUGCCGGUGGGAGCCACGAUUAACAUGGACGGCACUGCGCUCUAUGAGGCUCUUGCUGCCAUAUUCAUCGCACAGGUGAACAACUUCGACCUCAACUUUGGCCAAAUCCUCACCAUCAGCAUCACGGCGACCGCUGCCAGUAUCGGUGCCGCAGGAAUCCCCCAGGCAGGCCUGGUUACCAUGGUGAUCGUCCUGACAUCAGUGGGACUUCCUACCGACGACAUCAGUCUCAUCAUUGCAGUGGAUUGGUUCCUGGAUAGACUGCGGACUACCACCAAUGUGCUGGGAGACUCCCUGGGUGCCGGCAUCGUUGAGCACCUCUCACGCCAUGAGCUCCAGGAGAUGGACCUCCACGCGAACGAGCAGAUGAAGAAACCUUACAAACUGAUGAAUCAGGAUCACGAAAACGAGAGGGUCCUCGGCAGCGAGACCACCAUGUAAAGACUUGAGGAGCAAGACUAGAGACAAGAGCAGUUUGAUCACUGCUUGUGACAUGGACAGUGUGACCACAGUAGAGACAUGGACACUGACCACAGUAGAGAGAAGGAUACUGAUCAUAGAGACAUGGACAGUAUGACCACAGUAGAAACAUAGAAAAUAG